UUCAUGCAGGGAAAAGUUUGAAGACUCUUAUGUCCAAAGGAAUCUUACAGGUACAUCCUCCAAUCUGUGAUUGCCCUGGGUGUCGAAUUUCGUCUCCAGUGAACCGGGGUCGCCUGGCAGAGAAGAGGACGAUCCCGCUGCCUCCCACCCGGAUCCCCAAGAAGGAGCUGACCUCUAUCUUCUCGCAUAGCGAUGACAGCGAGGAGAGCGACAAGGGCAAUGGUCUGCACCCUGAAGUGAAGCAGGAGGAGGAUCUCCAUAUCAGUAUCAUGAAAAGAAGGAUACACACGCACUGGGAUUUAAACAUCUCCUUCCGAGAGACCUCUUGCAGCCGUGAUAACGACCUCUCCACUAUCAUCUCCAACCUGCAUCAGAGCCGCCAGCUCGUUAUGCCAGAGACCCAGAGCCGCUGCGAAUUCAAGAGAAACAGCAUUGACGUUGGCCUGGGAGCAGCAGAUGAAAUUUUAGGCAAGAGAAGAGUAUGUUCUCCCAACAGCAGCAGUGAGUGUCCUCUAGAGAGCAAGAAAGCCCGAAGCGAGUCCCCGAAGGAAAACUCCCACACCCCUCUGCUGGAGGACGCGGUGACGCAGAUGACCCCCGAGGAGCACUACAGGCGCAUGAUGUCGGCCCUCAACGAGCACGGCACCUUCGAGGAGCAGCAGCAGCAGCAGCGGCUCUACCAGUUGGCCAACAGCAUGGCUGUGCCCGGCCACGGAGUUUAUCUGCGGGCUCGCAUGGAGGCGGCGGGGGGGGGGGCGGCGCGCCGCGGGGGAGCCAUGGAAGCGCACAUCCCGGCGGCUGGAAACUCGUCGAGCCAGCGCAGGAAGCAGGGGCUGCCCCAGCACCGCGACAGCCACUUCCCCGACAGGGAGAUAUCCCACCCGCCGCCCCUGCUGUCACCUCAGAACGCGCCCCACAUCGCCCUGGGACCCCACCUGCGACCUCCCUUCCUUGGGGUGCCUUCAGCUCUGUGCCAGACACCAGGUUAUGGGUUCCUCCAGCCAGCACAAGCGGAGAUGUUUGCACGGCAGCAGGAGAUGCUACGAAAGCAAAACCUGGCAAGGUUGGAGAUGUCGGCCGAGAUCAUCCGCCAGAAGGAGCUGGAGAACCUGCACCGCCAGCGCCUGCUGGCCACGCCCAGCCACCUCCUCGGCGCCGGCCUCAACAAGGCCGAGGUGAAGUACCUGCCGCCCGCCGCCCUCCCGCCGCCCCAGCCGCUGCCCUUCGGAUUCCCCUACACCGUGAGCCCCUACUUCCAUGCAGGCACCAUGGGAGGUCUCUUUUUGGACGGCGAGGAGAGCCCCGCGCUGGAAGACAUCAGCAAAUGGACGGUGGAGGAUGUGUGCAGCUUCGUGGCCAACCUGGCAGGCUGCACCGAGUUUUUCCCUGGAUUUCCUUUCUUGCAGGUAUUCCGGGAGCAGGCGAUCGACGGCGAGACGCUGCCCCUGCUGACAGAGGAGCAUUUACUGAACAACAUGGGGCUCAAGCUGGGGCCGGCCCUGAAGAUCAGGUCACAGGUGGCCAAGCGGGUGGGCAGAGUCCUCUACAUGGCCGGCUUCCCCAUGGCCUUCCCGCAGCAGCAGCCCGGAUGGAGUUGCACAUUCUGCUGCGGAGCACCAACAGGUACCUGA